UUACCUUCUCUAGCAUUUUGAGGCGGAGGGAAGCAUUUAGGCAGGCCUGUUUCGAUCAUGAUGUGGAUGGGCAAGAGCAUUAUAUGGCAUUAACUGGGGUUUGUCGAGCAAAAUCAGUGCUUCUGUUUUAUUUUUCUUCGUCGGCUACUUUGCAAUACAUUUGACAGUUUGCAUUACAGGAGGAAUCCACAAGAAAACGUCUUGUUCGUCUGGCGAGACUUGUUGUGAAUUGAUCAGUGAGGACUACGGUUGCUGCCCGCUGCCGCUUGCCGUGUGUUGCACUGACAAACUUCACUGUUGCCCACACGGAACCGUGUGUGAUUUGAAGCACGUUCGCUGUGUUGUACCUUUCGGCAAGAACUACAGCAGUCAUUUUCGUUUUGUUGAUAUGAAACUCAAAAAACCUCAAAUUUCGAGUUCCCCGCUCACAUCUUUACAUCUAAUCCAAAAUGCCCUUCAGAUUAUUGUUUUACAAUCUCGCAGCACAGGAGCUUGGUAA